UCGGAUUGGGCGGCGAGGACGAGAGAUAGCAACGAUGGCGUCGAGACUGCUAGACCGCAAGGACGAGUGCCACGUGUGUGGGCGCGCGCCGACGAGCGAGAAGAAGGUCUGGCGCAAGAUCCUCUGGGAAGAGCAGCCGUACGAGGACUGGUACGUGGACUCGUCCUUCCUCGAGCAGCUCCGCACCAACGAAAACGUGCGCGAGUACGACUACUGGGGCAUGACCAAGUCGUCGGCCGCGCUCACGCAGCAGAUGAGUCUCGUGCUCAUCUUUUUCGCCAUCUUUGUCAACUCGAGCAAAGGCGUGUGGUCGUGGCACCUCCUCGCAGGCGUCGACGUGAUCGUCGCGCUCAUGGGCUACGCGGCGCUGCGGUCGUGUGGCGACACGGAGAUUGGUCCGUCUCUUCGACUACUUGCAUAUUGGGCCCAAUAUGCAAUAUUAGAUGUGCUGCAAGUCACAAAAGAGUGUCUUCUCUUCACGGCGACGCUCUCGAUCCUCUCGCCCGUGCUGCGGACGCUCACCGAGUCGUAUGCUGCCGACACGAUCUGGGCGCUCUCGAUCUCGCUCACGGGCAUCCACCUCAUCUCGCACGACUACACGUACAUCAAUGGCACGACGUUCAAGUACACUGGCACCAUUUCGCUCAACGCCGCCAUCUUUACGUCCGUGCUGCUCGCGUCGCUCUUGCACUCGAACGAACAAGUGUUUUCGUUUGUGCUCUUCGCGAUCGAAGUGUUUGCAAUCUGCCCGAUCGUCCAGCACAGCAUCAAGAAGACGUCCGAGCACAUGCACUUGUCGUUGGCGCUCGUGCUCUUUGGCACCGCGCUGCUUUUGAUGUGGCCCAUUUCGCCGCUCGUGUCGGUCGUCGUCUUCAUCACGGCGGGCUUCAUCACGUUCGUGUGCCCGCUCUGGCUCAUGCACGCCCAAGAGUACAAGAACGAGAUCCAAGGGCCUUGGGACAUUGCGCAAAUCGAGCCGCAGCAAUAA